ACACAAUCGACACAAAAUACACACACACCGUUUAAACAAAAGUGAAAAAAAAUAGAGGAAAAUCGAAAAAAAAAAGAAUCAAACAGCGAAACAAAAAUCAUAACUUGGUAUUGUAUCUAGCUAAUUAGAGAGUUGCACUAGAAUCGCGUGCGACUUGAACGUCGAGAAGUGUAUAACAGAUCCCUAAGCAGCACAUCACUGCACCAGAGUCUCAUUGGAUCGCACCGAGCAAAGUACAAAAUUCGUAGGUUCAAAGUUCAAAGUUUACGGUUUCCGAAGGACUAACCGAGAAUCCAACCACGGACCAUCCCGUCCAGAAGGCCAAAGGUAGCAACCAGCAACGAAGCUUCAGUAUUGAGCCACUUUGAUAACUGCUUCCAAUCCGAUUUCUUUUCCACUUUUGAUAGUUUUAUAUUCAGAUCCAAAUAAUUAUAAAUACACUCAGUUAAUUGGCUGCAUUCGAUAUUUGCCUCAUAGAUAUCCCGAACCGCUGCCCUUCCAGGAUGGUCAUCAAUCUGAAUCCGUCCACCUCUUCGAACGCCAAUGCCAGCGGUAGCAGCGUGGGUGGCGGCAGCGGUGGCGGCAGCGACGGUGGCAACGGCGAUGGAAUGAGCAGCGCUGGGAGCCAGAGCGGCAACAUCAUUGGCGGAAACGGAAGCGGAAGCGGAAACGGUAACGGUAACGGUGAUGGUAACGGUAGUGGCAACACCGCCGGAAACGUCAGUAGCGGCACCCCCAGCAACCUGAUGGGCAUCAUCAGCCAUGAGAUGUUCGAUGGUAUCGUCUAUCUGCAUGUGGUAUGUGCCGGUGAGUCAAGCUCCAAGUGGGUCACUCUGGAGGAGGCGAUGGCCUACUGUCCCAGCGGCGUUGUUGCCUACACCAAACUGCAGCUGGCCGAGAUUUAUGGCAUACCGAUGGACGUUCUGUUCGACUGAUGGUGAUGCAUAAACCAGAUUCUUCGUUGAAGCGAUUGCAGUGUACCGCACAUGGACGAUGGUUUUGAUGGAUUCUUGAUUAGCUCCGUUUGGCUUGUACGGUUUAUAAGCUGGACCAUGGCAACUGUCAUUUGAACUUUGGCACUGUUGGCAAAAUCUAGGAAUUCAGUAUUCGCCAAAUACGUGGCAUUGGCAAUAUAACGUCGAUUGUUUUUUCUUGCUACAUUCCCUGCUCUAAAUUUUAAGUUCCUGGCGUUAAGUGAUUUUUCCGAAGGCAGCAAUUACUAGAAAUAGUAUACGAAUCUGCAAGGUUAUUCCGUAAUUAAUUGCAAAAAAUAAAAAAAAAUAAUAAUAAAAUAAAGG